CAAAUUUUACGUCAGCCUGAUCCAAAGGCUCGUAGACCUGAAGGCUGAGAUCUGAACAUGGGUUCUCUUGCAUCCCAGCCUCUCGAGCAAGUCAAGGUCGAUUCGCCUCCCGAGCCCACCUCCUCCGCCAAGCCCGCGCCCCUCGCAGCCCCCGGAGCGCCCACCUCUCCAGCACAAGCGCCCAUAAUCAACAACUGCUGGAGCUGCCGCUUGCUCUCCGGGUUCGGGCUGAUAGGGGCGGGCGGGUACGUGUACUGGGUGGCGAGGAAGCCCAUGAAGAUGGGAUACGCUCCGAGUCCAGGGACUGUUACGCAGAUGGUCGUCGGCAUCAGUAUUGCUUGUUGGGGUGUAGUCAUCCUGUCAGAUCCCAAAGGAAAGGCCUUCCGUGCUGGUUGAAAGUACCACCAGUGAAUUUGUCAUCUGUUCCUGUUCCAGUGACACACAGGGCAAGCAUGGGUCUUAGGGACAUUCUAAAUAGACAUGUUGACAUUGACAGACUUCAGUUCUGCGGUUAUUACAAGACUGAAAAGACAAAUAUGAAUUAUCUUUAGCUCAAGGCAUUUGUGGCCUUCUUAGGUUGUGGCCUUCUUCCACAGGGUCCAAUAAAUCCUUAGAAAAGAAACAUUCUGUGUCCUAUCUGAGGGAAAAGAGCAUUACUACAAAAAAGAUAGUGGAAAUGAUAAACCAAAUGGGGAAAUGAAUUAAGCUGUUUUUUGUUUUGUUUUUUAUUUAAUGUUCUUUUUAUGUCUCCCAAAAUUGGGUCAACAUCUGUUACCUUACUAACCUAACCUGUUUAGGCACCAUGCAAUAUGUAGCAGUACAUAAAACUUUGUGUACCACUCAUACUUCCCUAGGCAUUGUCAUAUCCAUUACCUUAUGAGACUUUUACAUCUGUUCUGAGGUGGUUAUUUCAUUGGUGUAAGUGAACUUCAGGAAAAGUCCUAGUGCUUCACCCAGGUUAAUUCAGCAAGUCAGUGAUUGCAUUUAGAAGUCAAUCUUGGCCAGUUUUUGUUCUAUUAGGAUGGCCCAAAAGGCAUUAAAAAUUACCUUUAUGGGCCUCCCUGGUGGUGCAGGCAGUUGAGCGCAGCACUGUGAAGCUGUCCACAGCCUCUGCAGUGCCUGUUCGAUCCCCGCCAGCCAUGGAGAUGCCCACAUAGCGAGCAGACCUCUUCCGUCUCACCCGCUGCCCCCCUCAGCAGUGUGUUUUGGUCAGUCUGCCUGUUCCGUUCCCCACUCUGUCUUUGGUGAAUCUUCUCGCCCUCCCACACACACAUCUGGCCUGUACCAUGGUUCUUGCAUAAAUAAAUAAAUCUUUAAAAAAAAUUAAAAUUACCUUUAUGAAACAAUUAGGCAAUCAAAAAUCAGGAGACAAUAAGACUUAAAUCAAAGUAUUAGAAAUGCAAAACCUUUUUAAUUUUAAAAAAAUGACUCUACAAGUACUUGAAAUGUUUCUGGGAUAAAACUGAAAUGUUUUUGAGAUUAGGACUCAAAAUUAGCCAGUUCAUCUCUAAGACAAAUUUGUACUUCCUACCAGAUUGUUUUCACCCCUGAUGUUUCCAGGCUUCCUUGUAAAGUCCUAUGCAGCUGUUUUUCAAAGCAGAAAAACAGAUAAAUUCAGCUGCCAAUCACUAAAUUUCAAAUGAAAAUUAGGCAAGUAACUUUAAGGCUGUUACUUUUUCUAGUAUUGACUUGGAAGUGCCUUAGUCGUCAAAGCCUCACAAAUUGUGGUAAGACUUUUGCAUUGUGUAUAUCAAAGUUUACAGUAAAGGUGGUACUAUAUGUAUCUGCAACUGAAAAGAAAGACAUUUAAACCUAAAAUAAAUAAGGGUUUUUGUGACAUUUUAACCACUUGUGUGGUUAUAAUGAAUAUAGAAGUUAUACAUUGGAAAGAAGUAUAGUGGACCCAAAGCAGGCUGCCUUCUUGAGGGCCAAUUUGCAUAUGAUCAUGCUUCCUCUAAAACAAUGAAGAAGAUACUUCUUGCUUUAAAAGGCAAUUCGUUCUAUUGAUGGGCAGCUGUAUCUGAUUUUUUGGAUUUUUUUUUUUUAGGUUAAGCUAACAGCACAAAUCUAAAUUACUGUUCUUAACCUACUAGAUAAAUAGAAUAACGCAAACUUACUGUAAUAUAAGUGUAACAUCUCAGAUUUUGUAUUAGUAUGAAUCUAAGCAAGAGUUUUUUCCCAAAUAAAACUUGUCUGUUCAUUAGAUAUAUUGCCAAUAUGUUUGGUGCUUCCCAACUUGAAGCCAUGUAACUAUUCAUAAAUAGGAGCAAAGUGUUACUCUAGCACAUUUACAGGCAACUACGUGAGAAUACACCCUACACAGGUUAAUUAAAAUCUGUAGUUAAAAGUUUUGUUUUUCUUCCUUUUGGAGUGUAUUUCAAAAUUUGCAUUGAGUUUUGCCAGUGAUCUGAGUUUCAGGAAUGAGUCUGAUCUGUAAAGAGAUACCACUCUGGCCCCACAAUGCAUUAAGUUCACUUAUUAUCUUCCCAUUUGUGGGGGGUGAAGUGGGGUGAGCAGAAAAACUAGGCUUAAGAAUCAGUGAGUAAUGAAAAAUCACCAACUUAGUUAUGAUCUAUGGGUUUUAAGAAUAUAGCAUGGACAUACGAGUUUAUAAAGGCUCACAAUUACCUUUAGCAAAGAAGGAGAGAAAAAGUACAAAAAUGAGUUGUUUAAAAUGCAUUUAUGGCUUUUUUGGGAAUAUUGAACAAAAUGUGAAGAUAGAUAUGAACACUGACAUUUUUCAUGAUGUCCAAGAUACCAUUAAGUCAACCUUCACACAGUAUAAACUGGGAGUUUCACUUAGACUAAACCAAUUGCAGAUGUCUAUUUCUGGUGACUCUAAAAAUUAUCUCAGCCAUAAUUUGUACUUGCAAGCCCAGCCUCAACUUAGCAUUUUUGCUCAUUACUCCUUUUUCUUACUGAUUUCUUAGCCUGGCUGUGUUUGAAAUACAGGCCUCUUGAACAAAGGCAGUCAAUUUGACAACAAAAAAUACAGCUCCUUAAUUAAAAAUAUGUUCAGGGCAAGUAUGUUCAAGCACCCCCUCAAAGUAGGCUUGGCAUCAACUGAUUUAUUGUGGGAACUGCAUUGACCAAACUGAGACUUCUCAAAUCUUGAAGUCGGGAAUAGUAAGCUAUUUUGAGUUAAAAAAACUUUUUUAAAAAAUGACAGAUAAAUCCUUGCCUUGACCCUGUGAUUAUAUACAUGUUAGUAGCACAGAGUCAGAGGUGAAAGACCUAUAAUUACGUAUCAUUCAGAGGUAUCCUGAGAGCACAGGGAGAAAACAUGUCACUUUUCUAAAAGCUUGUCUCUUGGCCUUUGAGAUAUUCAGCAACUUGUCAUUCAAAUGUAAAUGGAGUGUAGAGAAAUAGCCAAAAGGGCAAAUGUUAAUGCAGCAAUGCCACUAAAAAUCACUGUUCAGUCCUGUGACUGAUCUUGCAUGUACUUCAGGAAUGUGGUAGCAGAAUAUGCAUGACGGUUCCCAAGGUUGCCAGCCUCUUUGCCUACACAUACACACCUCCAGUUAUUCAAUCAAAUAUCAUUUUAGGUGCUGCUGUGAAGGAAUUUUGAGGAUAUAAUUAAAGUAGCUGAUCUUUAAAUAGGGAAAUGAUCCAGAUGGAUUACUUACAUGAAUCCAUUAAAUCGUGGUCUAGCAGUGAGAGACAAGUCAGAUGAGAAGCAGGUGGGGAAUUCAAUGUUGAAGUCUGAUGCAGGCCUGGAAGAAAGAGAACAUCCAUGUUGGGAAUGCCUUUGGGCGCCACGUGCCUGGAAGCUGCCAGCAGCCUGCAGCUGAAAGUGCUCACAGACUCAGUAGCUAAAAGAGAAACCAUAAUCUCAAUGGUACAAUUGCAAGGAAAUGAAUUUGGCCAACAACCGUGAGUUUGAGAAAGAGCCCUGUGAGGAGUAAAUACCUUUUCUCUAGCCAAACCUUGUCCUUGGCCCAUGAGACCCAUAAGCAGGUUAUCUAGUCAUGCUAUGAAACUGAGAAAACAAAUGUGUGUUCAGUCACUAAGUUUGUGAUAAUUUGUUACAAAGCAAUAGAAAAUGAAUAUAAGAAAUCAGGGGUGGUUUUUGGUACCAGAGUCCUUGUAGGUGGCAUGUGAGACCCACCUUAAUUCCCCAUUCUGGGUAUAUUAUUUAUUUUUCUUAAAGAUUUAUUUUUUAUUUAUACAAGCACUGGGUACAGUCAGAAGUGCAGGAGGGUGAGAGAAUUCACCAGAGCCAGAGCGGGGAGCACAGCUGGCAGAAGGAUCGAAGUAGACUGCUGAGGGGAGCAGCG